GGGCUAUCAAAUCAAAGCUUGAUUUUUUUUUUUUGUGCUUCAUCAUCCUCCCUCCCUUAUUUUUUUUCUUAAAAUCUUACAUCACCCAUUCUUUCCCUGGGAAAGAGGAGUAAAAUGUGAGAGAAAAGUAAUCAAUUUUUUUAAAGUUUAUUUACAGCUCAAAUUUGGUGGUACUAGUAAGAAGUAAGCAGACAUUUAUUUCUUAAAACGAUUCGAGAAGAAGACCAAUCUUCUCCUCUUUGCUCCCAACCCAACAACAAAAGAAAAAAAAUAGAACUCUUUGGUGGCGUCAAAGAGAUUAUUUAAAGGCUUUGGUUUAUUGAUUAAGAUCAUCAGAUUCCGCUUUCAAGUUUGAAUUACGAAGCAAAAACCCUAAAAAAAAAGAAGCAGUCUUUGUUAAAUUGGAGAAGCUGAUGAGGAGGUCAGGAGAUGAGGCAUACGAAGCAGAUGGUAGAUCCGAUGCUGGCUCUUCAAGAACCGAUGAAAAACACUCGCGACUUGGUUCUCAAAGAUCUGGAAAAAGCCAAGAAGACCUUUCUGAGCCAAACUACGCUUCAGAUACUUCCUCUUCUAAGAACACAAGCACCAACCCUAUCAUUGAGUAUACUGAACAUGAACGUGCUGAGCUUCUUAGAAGGUUAGACUCAAUCAAACACCAUCUCCUUCGUGGUGGCAGUGCAGUUAAUGAGAAUCACCAAGGCUCCCUCACACCAGUCCAUCUCCAUCCUCCUUCUUAUUACCACCACCACCAUCCUCCUCCUUACCCUGUACCACUUCAUUAUCCUCCUCAUCAAGAUCCUUACAGAAGACCACCUCCUGUUCCAAACCCUAACUGGUAUCCUCCUCCUUAUCCUGGAGGUCAAUAUGUUGACAUUGGUGCUGCUGAUAUGGUUGACACACAUUCAUACUUUCCAGCUACUCCCAGCAGAUACAGUGAUAUCCCUCCUUAUAGCCCUGUUUCCUCUCACCAGAGACUCGCUUCACCUUACAAUCCACCUCUUUACAACAACAGUCCCAGCUUUCCUUCUUCCAUGACCUCUUCAGAUCCUCGUGCUGGUGGUGGUGGUGGUUACGCUAGGUGGCCCAGUGAUCUUGAUUCUGAGAUGAGUGGUGCUGGUGCUGGUGCUUUCCCUCGUGGGUAUGUUAAGAAGGCUGUUUCUGAUGGCGGUGACGCGCGUCGUUGCCAUCCUCUUGCUGGUGGUGCUCCUUUUAUUGCUUGUCAUAGUUGCUUUGAGCUGUUGUGUUUGCCUAAGAAGAAGCUUUUGGCUCAGGAGAGGCAGCACCAUAAGCUUCAGUGUGGUGCUUGCUCUCAAGUCAUUAGUUUCACAAUCGUCGAUAAGAAACUCGUCUUCUCUUCUGGUAAUGAGGGAACUGCAGAGUCUGUUUCUCUAGAGGUUGAAGAUAAAAACACAGUGGUGGUGGCAGUGGAAGAACGGUCUUCUGUUGAUUUCAACAACUCAGGCAGUGAUUUUCCACGUAAGGAUGAUGAUGAUGAAGAAGAAGAACCAGUAAGGAAUCACCAGAAGAACACAACAAAAAGCAUCCGGUCUGAAUCUCAAUCUCAACUCUCAGAUGAUGUUGAAAGAUUGAGCAUUUCCAGUGAAAGUCUACAACAGAAGGAGGUCAAAUCGGUUCGUAGACGAGCUAGAGGCUCGAAAGCUACAGAACCAGCUGCUCAAGAGAGUGCCAGUCUCCUUGAACUUUUCGAAUACUCUAAUGUAAACCGAGCUGCGCUCGCUUACGGGAUGGCAGAGUUAGGUUAUCACAAGCCUGAUAAGCAAGAGAUUUUCAUGAAACAAGACUCGGUAAAGCCUGAAUCAUUAGCUACGGAGACGGAGGUUUCUUACAACGGAUACUCUAACACGGAGAUAUCUGAAGACUCAAACGGUAGAGAAGACAACAAGAACAACAGACCAAGAAGUAGAAAAGGUAGCGAGUCUGGUUCCACGGAGGUGACAACGAGGUCGUCUAGUGAUGGAAACGAAGAUCAAGGGAAGUUAUUAGAAGUUUGGGUUAAUGGACAUCUUAUACCUGAAGAGCUAGUUAGCAGUGCUGAGAAGUUAGCUGGACCAGUCCAAGCUGGAAAGUAUUGGUAUGACUACAGAGCAGGGUUCUGGGGUGUAAUGGGGAAACCGUGUCUCGGUAUAAUACCUCCAUUUAUUGAUGAGUUUAGCCAUCAUCCAAUGCCGGAUAACUGCGCAGCAGGGAACACAGAAGUGUAUGUGAAUGGAAGAGAGCUUCACAAGAGAGACUUGGAGUUACUAGUGCGUCGUGGUCUUCCUCGAGACAAGAACCGUUCUUACAUUCUUGAUAUAUCAGGAAGAAUCCUUGAUGGAGAUUCAGGGGAAGAACUUAAAAGCCUUGGCAAAUUAGCCCCAACGGUUGAUAAGGUGAAGCAUGGAUUUGGUAUGAGAGUUCCAAGAUCAUUAGCUUCGUGAUAGCUCUCACGCCGCAAGUAACAACACAACCAAAAUGGUUCUGUUUCUAUAAAUGUAAAGCGUGUUUUAUUUUUACUCAGCGACAUUGGUUAGGUAAUUUUUUACUUACACGAACCGGGUUAUGUCGGUAUAAUGUUUGUUGUAAUAUUUCUUCUUUCUUUUUUUUUUUAUGUUCCAAGCAGACCAACCCGUUUUGUGAUUCUUGGUCGAUGUUUGUUAUAGAUUGUGUGUAAUGAAAUAGUUUGUUUGCUUUUGAACUUUUAUAUGUUUUAAAUUAUAAAACAUAGUUUUAUA